AUGGGAAAGGUGUUCCUGAGAUCAGAUUCAGAUCUAGAACCAGAACUUGAUCCUCCAGACUGGAGAACCACACUUCCACAGGAUGUAUUGAGUAAGAUGUCUAAGAAGGAUCAGAAAAGACAGGAUAUCAUUAACGAACUGUUCCACACGGAAAGAAACCAUGUUAGAAACCUGAAAAUCCUGGACACUGUGUUCAGGAAACCCCUGCUUGACAGUGGAUUAAUGCCCCGGGAUAUGGUUGACCGACUGUUCCUGUCUCUGGACGAUGUGUUGACCGUCCACCAGUCAUAUAGUUUAGGGAUGCGAGAUCAGACCAGAAAAGGGUUCCCCAUCGGACCAAUUGGAGAUCUUCUUGCCGGCAUGUUUCUAGGACCUGCCGGGGAAAGAUUGAUCCAGGCCGGAUCCGAGUUUACAAAAAACCAGAAAUUUACAAUCGAGGAGUUGAAACAAGUCAGGAGAGCUGAUCCACGUCUUAAUCAUUUCCUUUCUGAACAGGAGAAGCGCCCUGAAUGUCGUCGCCUUCAACUACAAAGCCUUUUACCAGUUGAAAACCAACGCCUUGUCAAAUAUCCUUUACUGCUAGAACAAAUAGCGAAACACUGUGAUCAAACCCGAGACAAAGACGACUAUGAUGUGGUGAUGACUGUUAUGAAACGAAGUCGAGAGAUCCUAGAUACAAUUGAUAAACUGGUCGCCAUGGCACAGAACAGUCAGAAGUUGGUGGAUAUUCAGCGGAACCUAGAUACUUCAGGAUUAGAGAAAAUGGGAGUUGAUGAUCCUAUUUGUAAAGAAUACAGGUCGCUUGACUUGACUCAACAUAAACUGUUCUUUGAUGGUUUGUUAACCCUGAACCUGGGAGGAGAGAACAAGAGAACUAAACAGAUUGUUCUUCAUGUUCUACUUCUAGAGGAUUGUAUCAUGUUCUUACAAAAACAGGAUGAAAAAUUUCUACUUAAAUUCCAUUCUGGAGCCGGUUCCGUGGCGCCUGCAACUGGUCGGGAAGAGGCCCGCCGAAUCCACGCUCCUGUCAUAAAAUUCUCCAACCUGUUGGCCCGCCCCAACGCCACAAACAAACGAGCUUUCUAUGUGAUAAACACGACCCACUCGGAUGCCCAACUGAACGAGCUUGUGACUUCUUCGUCUUCCGAGGCCCGAACGUGGAUGGCGCAUAUCAAUGAAGUGACCGCGGCAUUCAAGUCACGUGACUCAAAGUUCCGCGCCACCACGAGUAUGACCAAUAUGUCGUCCUUCUCCAAUGGGUCGCGGGGAGCGUUUGAAUCCCCCACCGAGGACAAAUCAAAGACGACAAACAGAUCUCAGAGCUUUAAUGAAAACCUAAUGGGCAGAAAGGAUUCGAUUCAGUUCCGCCCCUUACCUAGCCCGCCUCCUCUUGAUAUAGAGACGGAGGAUAGUGUUGAACAGAAGAUUGCUAAACUAGCGGAGAAGGACGAGGAGAUAACUCGAGCCCUCGAAGAGAAACAGAGAAUUAUCGCAGAUAUAUUUAAUAUCCCACCCGAGGAAUACGAUAGUAUCAUCGAUAUUGCUCAACAUGAUGCAGAGAAAUCGGAGCCAAAAGAUGUUAUUCUGACCGCCAUGACUCAGGUUGACGGAUUGGAUAGAUAUAUAUCAGAAGCUUUACAGGUUGAGGAAGAGAGUGGAGAUGGGAGAACUAGACUAGCAUCGCCUCCCACCGACCGAUUACUUAAUAUCACAGAAUCCCUCAAGUCCAGCCUUAGAACACUUCUAGGUAUGAUGAAUGAGGAGACUCCUCGGAGCAGUGCUCAGGAUUACUCAGCCUGGAUGCGCUCUGAGACCCUGGUAGCUGCGAGGGUCAGAGAUAUUGACAGAUCUAAAUCCCGUCCUGAGAGUUAUAUCUCCCUGGGUUCAGACUCUAUAGAUGUUGUGUCCGAUGAUGGUUCUAAAUGGGACUCUUUACCUGCUCUUCAGGAGAUCUCAAACCACCUUGGGGAUAUAUCACUCGCCCAUUCGUCCAACCUGGACGAUUCGUCCAACUUGGACGAUUCAAGCCCCACCGAUCCUACAGAGGUAUCACCGCAGAAAGACGCCACUCCGACAAAUGAUUUAAGUGAUGUUAGUCUGGAGCACUUAACGAACGUCAACGACAUGAGUGGGGAGGUCGGUGACGUCGAGACAAUAAUUGUCACUGACGUCGACGAUGCUGAGGAGACAAAUGUGACGUCAGAGUGUUAAAAACUUGAAUAUUUACAAAAUUGUGACUAAAGAAAUUAUGAUAAUCAGCGCAAUUAAUUAAUCUACAGCAGGU